AUGUCGAGUUUCCGUCGAAGAACACAAAAGCUCCCUAGUCAGGUGACGAAACCUGUUUUGAUUGAGAUCAAGGGAGAGAAGUCCAUUGACAAAGUUCGUGCCGAGGCCUUGUUGACCAAGUUUAUCAACAACAGUGAGGCCAUCUCAUCGGCGAUUCCAGGAAGUGACGAUCCAGUAGUGUUCUCGAACACAGGAUUCUCGAGUAAUGUCGGCACCAAUCCAAAAAUAGGUCAGUUGAAGAGAGUGCAAAGAGAGUUGAGGGGGCUUCCGCCACUCCUGGCUGAGCUCGAUGCAGAGUAUCUGAAGCACGACGAUGCUCCUCAGAAUAAGAAGGUUGUGUUCGACGACGAAGGAGAGGCCGUCACGCAGAAUAAAAAAAUUAAGUUUGACAGUGAGGAGCCUGAAGAGAUUGGGGCUGACGCCGAAGCAGAAGCUGUUGAGGCUGGCGAUGCCUCGGAUGCUGAAGUAGUCGAAAAUACAGAGGUUGAAAAGGGAGACGUAGAGAUGGAAGACGUGACUGCCGAUCUGGAGGCAACGACAAGCAAAAAGAGAAAGCUUGAAGAAGACGCGGAAGGUGCUGAGUCCACUUCCAAGAGGCUGAAGAAAGAAAAGAAGGAAAAGAAGGAGAAGAAAGACAAGAAGGAGAAGAAGGAAAAGAAAGAAAAGAAGGAGAAGAAAGAAGACAAGGCGAAAGACGAAUGA